AGAUGGAGGUCCAGAACUCCGACAAGCUGUCUGUGUCUGCAUCUUUAAGGAUUCUUUAUUAGGUACCACUGCAGGGACCAACGCGUCUAUAUAGACCAUUUCAAUAUCCUUUUUCUCUUCCCUUUUCCCCUUCAAUAAUUAAUUUGCUCCUUCUAAGAUGACUAGUUCUAAUGACGCAGAGACUAUCCGCAUUCUCGUCUCGACCGACAACCAUGUCGGAUACAAUGAACGAGAUCCCAUCCGAGGGGAUGAUAGUUGGAAGACUUUCCAUGAAAUCAUGUGUCUAGCCAAGGAGCGUGAUGUCGAUAUGGUGCUUCUUGCAGGCGAUCUCUUCCAUGAAAACAAGCCGUCCAGAAAGUCCAUGUACCAAGUGAUGCGCUCGCUACGGAUGAACUGUCUAGGAGACAAGCCUUGUGAACUGGAAAUACUCAGCGAUGCUAGUGAGAAUUUUCAGGGUGCAUUCAACCAUGUCAAUUAUGAAGAUCUGGACAUUAAUGUUGCCAUCCCCGUGUUUUCCAUUCAUGGCAACCAUGAUGAUCCAUCCGGGGAGGGUCAUCUAGCAGCACUGGACUUGCUACAGGUAGCUGGAUUGAUUAAUUACUACGGGAGAACUCCAGAGUCGGAUAAUAUUCAAAUAAAACCGGUCUUGCUACAAAAGGGCCGCACUAAACUGGCGCUGUAUGGCAUGAGCAACGUCCGCGACGAACGGCUCUUCCGUACAUUUCGUGACGGCAGAGUCAAAUUCUUCCGCCCCUCUACACAGAAGAACGACUGGUUUAACUUGAUGAGUGUUCAUCAGAACCAUCAUGCCCACACUGAGACCGGCUAUCUUCCGGAGGCCUUUCUACCAGACUUCCUGGAUCUUGUCAUUUGGGGCCAUGAACACGAAUGUCUGAUCAAUCCUCGGCUCAACCCCGAAACAAACUUUCAUGUUAUGCAGCCGGGCUCCUCGGUAGUGACGUCUUUGGUUCCUGGGGAAGCAGUCCCAAAGGAGGUGGCGAUCCUUAGCAUCACUGGCCGCGAAUUCAAAUGCGAACCUAUCCGCUUGAAGUCGGUGCGUCCAUUUGUCAUGAGAGAAAUAGUGCUCUCCGAGGAAAAGGAAAUGAAGAAGUUAGCUCGAAAAGAAAACAACCGCACCGAAGUUACGCGCUUCCUUAUGUCUAUCGUCGAGGAGCUCAUCGAAGAAGCCAAGGCUGAUUGGUUGGAGAUGCACGAGGACAACGUCCAAGACGAAGAACUCGAGGUGCCUUUACCACUUGUGCGGCUACGAGUUGAGACUUCGACACCCGAAGGAGGUAAUUUCGAUUGUGAGAACCCACAGCGAUUUUCUAACCGUUUUGUGGGGAAGGUAGCAAAUGUAAACGAUGUAGUGCAGUUUUAUCGAAAGAAGAAAAAUGCCAUGACUCGCAAGACUGACGAUGCACUUGACGAGGCCACCGUGUCACACUUGUCGGCGCUCGACACGGUGAAAGUGGAACAGCUGGUGCGCGAGUUCCUCGCUGCCCAGUCAUUGAGUAUUCUUCCCCAGAAUUCCUUUGGUGACGCUGUAUCACAGUUCAUCGACAAAGAUGACAAGCAUGCUAUGGAGAUGUUCGUCAACGAGUCUCUGGAGAGCCAAUUUAAACACCUGCUAUCGUUAGACUGUGAGGAUGACGAUAUGGAUGAAGGAGGUCUAAGCUCCCUGCAGGAGGCGAUGGAGAAGUAUAGGACACAAAUGGAAGAGGCAUUCUCCAAAGGAGCGCGGCGACGCACGCGCGGGAAGAAACGCUUCAAACCAAAGCCGGAUGGCUGGGAUACCGAAUUCGACGGCGUCUGGGAAGACCAGCCGGGAGCUCUCAUUCACUCAGACAACGAGGGGGGUGAUCCCAACGCAGAAGAGGCUGGUGAAGAUGGCACAGAGCCAACGGCUACAGCUAUGCGCGGCCGCGGCAGGGGAAGGGGCAGAGCCGGUAGGACGGCAACAACCACUCGCAAGACAGCUACAACGACAUCUACAGCAAGAGCAGCAAGGAAACCCGCUCCAGCUACUGCCAGAAAUGCACGAAAUCGUCGACGGGCUAUACCUGAAGACGAGGACGAGGAAGACGACGUCGUCAUGCUGGAAGAUGAUGAAGACGAGGACGAUGGAGUAGUCUCAGCAGCACAAGGUAUCUCUGACGACGAAGACGACGAUUCCCAAGCGCUCUUUGUCAAGCAGCCUCGCUCCACAACGAGGAGUGCAGCUGCACGAACCACAGCCACAGCCAGUACCCAACGACGGGCCGCGCGAACUGUUCCAUCGUCAGCUGCAUCGUCUGCAACUGUGUCUGGAACAGCAGGAGCACGGAGAGCGCCUCCCCGGCCCACAGCUACCAAGGGCAGACAGACACAAACCACGCUGGACUUUACGGGCUCACAAGCAAGCGUGCGAGGUGGUACGCCGGGAAUGGGGACAAGACUGGGCCGUGCAACGAGAAAUACCAGUGUUAUUAGCGAUGACAUUGAGGACGAUGAUGACGAUGCAUUUGAGCCGAUGCCAAGCUUAAGUCGGUCACGGCGGAGGUGACAUUGGACCCCAGUGAAUUUUUAUUAGGUCAAUUACAACUAGAAUGUGAGGACCUGUGAAAUUGACGCUGAAAAUGACAGCUACUGAGGCCAUAAACGGCCGCAUUUCCACCUGUAAUUUCCAGCAACGAGCGGUUGUCUAGAGCUCACACGUGCUCCGCAUCACUAUUCUGCACCCGCCAAGCAUUGGCUAGUCACCCUCUGAGAUGCUCAACUUCACUGAGCCCUCACCUCAUUUCAGCUCACAACUAAAAGAUGCUGAAAAUGGCCUCCUCUGCAGGCAGAUCCUGCUCCCCCUAACUCAACCUGACUCCCUAGGUGCUAUACAAAAUGGCAGUUGUCUGCACUCUUGUCACCUCCUAUCCUCCCACUCUUUGUCCUCUUCAAUCCUCACAUAGGCCAGUUCUGGGAUUGAUCCCAGAGCUGUCACCUCUGCUUUAUACCUGCACCUAUCCAGAUGGCACCCUCUCUUCUUCCACCUGCCAAUUCAAAUGAGUACCAGUAUUGGACUCUAUAACAAUUUGAAUUUACCAAAUGGUUGCCAUUUUGGGCCUCGAACGACGCCUUUUUUGGCCGUCAUUUGGUAACACGUGACCUUUCCCUCUCACCUAAUGGAUAGGCGCAUGUCUGGUCAUAUUACUAGGCCUGCCUGUGCCGUGAGAUAGGUAGCGAGGGCGGUCUAGGACGGCAGAACCUCACGUGUACUAACACCCCCCCACGCAC